AUGGGCGAUACAAGAGCGGUGCUUGACAGCGAAGAGUACCCCAACAGUGAGGUUCAGAAAAGCCGAGUGCUGACUCUGGAAGAAUGGCAGGAAAAGUGGGUGAAUCACAAAAUUGGAUUUCAUCAAGAACAAGGACAUCAGCUAUUAAAGAAGUAUUUGGAUACUUUUCUUAAAGGCGAGAAAGCCCUGAGGGUAUUUUUCCCCCUUUGUGGAAAAGCAGUUGAGAUGAAAUGGUUUGCAGACCGAGGACAUAGUGUAGUAGGCGUGGAAAUCAGCGAACUUGGGAUACGGGAAUUUUUUAUGGAGCAGAAUCUUUCUUACUCAGAAGAACCAAUUAUGGAAAUUCCUGGAGCCAAAAUAUUCAAGAGUUCUUCAGGGAACAUUUCAUUGUAUUGCUGCAACCUUUUUGAUCUUCCCAGAGCAAAUAUUGGCAAAUUUGACAGGAUUUGGGAUAGAGGAGCCUUAGUCGCUGUUAAUCCAGAUGAUCGCAAACGCUACUCAGAGGUGAUGUUGUCCCUAACGAGACCUGGAUUUCAGUACCUCUUGUCUGUUUUUUCUUAUGAUCCAACUAAACAUGCAGGUCCACCAUUUUAUGUUACAGAUGGUGAAGUUGAAAAAUUGUUUGGUUCAGUAUGCAGUAUUCAAUGUCUAGAGAAGGUUGAUAUUUUUGAAGAAAAACAUAAAAGUUGGGGAAUUGACCAGAUUAUUGAAAGGUUAUAUCUAUUUACAGAAAAGUAA